AUGGACCUCUCUGUGUGCCCCCGAAGCUAUCUGAUCACUCUCUUCCUCUUCCUUUUUCAUUCAGAAACAGAAUCCUUCCCCUUUAUGAAAAUGUCCAGCAAGAGCCAGAUAUACAGGAUCUGGGAUAUCUACCAGAAGACUUUUUACCUGAGGAACAACCAGCUCGUGGCCGGCUACUUGCAAGGCUCAAACACUAAUCUAGAAGAAAAAAUUGACAUGGUUUCCAUUGAACCUAAUUCUGUACUCUUGGGGAUCCAUGAUGGAAGUCUGGGUCUGGCCUGUGUCAAAACUGGUGGUACUCCCAAGCUCCAGUUGGAGGCAGUGAACAUCACAGACCUGGACAAGAAUCGGGAAGAGUGCAAGCGUUUCACAUUCAUCAAAUCUGAGAGUGACUCCAUAUGCAGCUUUGAGUCUGCCGCCUGCCCCGGUUGGUUCCUCUCUACCCAGACAGAGGCUGAUAGACCAGUUGGACUUUCCAAUACUCAAGCAAACACCAUUACCAGAUUCUACUUCCAGAGGGAAUAGCUCCAGUAGAUCUGCCUACCUCCACUCCUACUUACACCAUUCUCCAUUCCUUGCUGGAAGACCUGCCCUCACCCCUGUGCCUAGAAAUCCCCAUCUUUAUCCAUUGCUGGCCCUCCUAAGGGUAGCAGUGCUACAAUGGGUAUUGUCUCUGAGCCGGCAAAAUGAGGAAUGAACACUGGACUGAAAAUUGGAAAACUGGGGUUUUACUCCCUGACUUACUUCUUACUACUUUUGUGACCUAGGACAGGAAGUUUCACUUUUCAAAAUCUCAGUCUUACCAUCUGUAAAAUGACACCAUUGGAUGAAAUGAUCUCUGGGGUCUCUUGCAAGUUCCAAAGGCAAUCCAAUUCUAAGCUCAGAUAGGAAUAUGCUACCUGAUUUUCCUUCCUCUGGGUCUCAGGGUCCUAAUCCAUCCCUCAGGGAAAGCAAGCCUGCCCUCUCAAGAAAUAGGGUCCCAGGGGAAGCAUAGAAAAUACUAGAGUCUCAGGAUGGUGAACUGAGCAUUUUUUAUAUGUCUUGUGACC